AUGCUACUAGAUUCUUCGACGAAUUUUUGUAAAAGGUGUCCACCAUGUCGUGGUUUUACUCCAGUAUUAGUUCAAUUUUAUAACUCACAUGCAAAAGAUAAAAAUUUUGAAAUAAUAUUUAUAAGCUCUGAUCGUGAUGAAAAUUCAUUUAAUGAAUAUUAUAAAGAGAUGCCAUGGUUAACAUUAGAUUUUAAAAAUCGUGCAAAAAAGGAAGAAAUAGCCAAAAAAUUUAAUAUUACUGGCAUUCCAACUUUAAUUUUAUUGGAUGGAGAUUCAGGAGAAAUUAUAUGCAGUGAUGCACGAGGUCAACUUCAAUUCGAGGAUACCAAAGGAGAAAAAUUUCCAUGGAAAUCAUCAUAA